GAACGCGAUGUGUAUAAAAGACGGAUGGUCAACUGCUUUAGAAGAGUUUUAUUUUCGGACACUCCUACGACCAACAGAACUGCAAAAUGUGUCGUCUGCAUCUUGCCUUGAUCGUUGCCGUUGUUGUACAGCUUACAUGGAAUCGUGUAGGAGCAGGCAGCAUAUGGCCGAAAAUACAGUUCACUGCCCAUAACCCAGUUGACAAAUCUUUGGACAAUGGGCAAACUAUCGUGCUUCAGAGUGUGGUCAUCAACGAUGGUCAAGGGUACGACCCAAAUACAGGCAUAUUCACGUGCCCUUUCAGCGGCCUGUACAUGUUCACUCUCCAACACUGUGUAGACAGGGAGAAAUAUUCUCAUGUCGGCAUAGUGAAAGACAACACCAUGCUAGUUGCCGGUGUAGCGUACGGUACAACGUGGUGGCCAUGUAGCUCUAUGCAAGCGUUUGUCAGUCUGAGCAAAGGUGAGAAGGUUUGGAGCAAGGCUAACUGGGAAAGCUAUCUACACCAUGAUGCCGCAAGGUGGACAAGUCUUAGUGGGGUGUUGCUGCGUCCUGACGGUUUUAGCGAUGUCCACCUGCUGGCUAGUUUUGAGACUCAGUAAAUGACUUUAUGUUUUAUAUAAACAAGAUGUAUAAAAGUAUUCUUGAAUGAAAGGUUAAAAUGGAUCAAAGAUUUUAUGUGUGUCAUUUCAAUAAUUCAGUGAAAUAAAAAAAUGCGGGCCUUUCACGUUUGUGACCCUACCCGAGUUAUGAAUUCCCAUCUCCGCCACUGAAACAUAUGUCAUUUUUUAUUAUUUGAACGUCGAGCAUCGUCAUCCACAUGCUUGUUAAGAUUUACUAAAAUAUAUUCGCACUCAUAAAAUCGUAAAUGGCUAUAAUUUUUCACGGAACAAAUCGAACAAGAGGUUAUCGAUACUGUGAGUUUUAAUGACAUCAUGCAAUGGUGAGUCACAUGGGUACCCAGCUAACAUGUUAACACAUGUCACUGAAUCAAAUCAUAUUUAGCAGUAGGCACCAAACGUUCAUUAUAUACUUCAUGUUAUUCUUGGCCUAAAGUUAAAACAUACUCAUUAUUAUAUCAAAUAAAAGAAUUGGUUACUCUGCAAUCAACGUAAUUAAGGAUUAAACCCCCAAGAGUCCCUUAAACCUUCCUCUUUCUUAAGCAAGUCCUAAAUAGUGUCUUAUUCCCCCUCCCCCGAGUCCUGAUUAAUUUUAACCAGUUGAAAAAAAUAACAAAAAUAUCAAUAUAUCAUGAACUAAAUGUUUAAUACUGUUGUACCAUCUAACAAAAUAAUCGUAAGUAUAAGUUAUGACUUGUAUUUGCCUCCAUCUACACACAGUAUUCCGAGGCACUGUUGAAUUUGACAAGAAUGAAUAUAAUACGUAUGUUCUGUUUUUGUACUAUUGUUGUAAACCCACUGUGUUUCAUAAUCAUCAACAAAUGGUGGAAAUAAAGAUUAUUGAAUUGAAAUGUUCAAUAAUACCUUUG